AAAAGCCAAAGUCACAUCCCUUUCUGCAGAACUGGGAUUUGAACUCAGCUCUGUGGGACUGCGGGCUGAGCACUGCUAUAUGCAGACUUGCUCUGCCUCUUAGGCACCGAGAAGAAAGUGGAAUCCAGCCCCCGAAACCAGCUCCUGGAGAAAAUGACAUGUUUAUUCGUUCAAUGCAACAGAACCUUCACUGGGUACCUGCUGUGCAAUGGGAUUGCAGGGGAGGCAGCAAAGGCAGAAACAAUGCUGUGAAGUGGAGCAAUGGGAUUCGGAUGAGCCCAUCCCCAAGAAGGAGCUGGAACGAGGCGUGGCCGGGGCCCAUGGCUUGCUUUGCCUGCUCUCUGACCGUGUGGACAAGAAUCUCCUGGACGCGGCAGGAGCCAAUCUCAAAGUCAUCAGCACACUGUCCGUGGGUGUCGACCACUUGGCCUUGGAUGAAAUCAAGAAACGCGGGAUCCGUGUGGGCUACACCCCAGAUGUCCUGACAGACGCCACAGCGGAACUUGCCGUCUCCCUGCUGCUCACCACCUGUCGCCGGUUGCCAGAGGCCAUCGAGGAGGUGAAGAAUGGUGGCUGGACUUCAUGGAAGCCCCUGUGGAUGUGUGGCUACGGCCUCUCACAGAGCACCGUCGGCAUCAUCGGACUGGGGCGUAUAGGCCAGGCCAUUGCUCGGCGCCUGAAACCAUUUGGCGUCCAGAGAUUUCUGUACGCAGGACGCCAGCCCAGACCUCAGGAAGCAGCAGAAUUCCAGGCAGAGUUUGUGCCCGCCUCUCAGCUGGCUGCUGAGUCUGAUUUCAUUGUUGUGGCCUGCUCCUUAACGCCUGCAACCAAGGGCCUCUGCAACAAGGACUUCUUCCAGCGGAUGAAGAAAACAGCUGUGAUUGUCAAUAUUAGCAGGGGAGACGUGGUUAACCAGGACGACCUGUACCAGGCCUUGACCAGUGGUCAGAUUGCAGGGGCUGGACUGGAUGUGACGACCCCCGAACCACUGCCUACAAACCACCCUCUCCUGACCCUGAAGAAUUGUGUGAUCCUGCCGCACAUUGGCAGCGCCACCCACGGAACCCGAAACACCAUGUCUUUGUUGGCAGCUAACAACUUGCUGGCUGGCCUGAGAGGGGAGCCGAUGCCGAGUGAACUCAAGCUGUAACCAGACAGGAAACCCAGAGGGUCAGGAGAAAACAGAUGCCAUCAGGUGUCUUGGGUUGGACCCACAGGAUGAGAGCCAAGGGAGAAAACCUGAUCUGUACUGAUUGUGUGGAGGGAGGCUGGUGCCGAGGUUUGUGCUUGCUGCAUCUGUGAUUGGAAACAUCUGAGCCAAAUGCGUGUGUUUCUAUUAAAUGGUUCUCUCAGA